CCCGCGGCCAAGAUGGACCUGGGCAGCGCCGGCCGGAGAGCGGGAGCUGCCCCCGCGGGCCCCGGCCCUUGGAGACCUUUCCCCUCCGCCUGCUGCUGCUGCUUCGCCUCGCUCCUGGAUGUGAACAGCUGGCUGCUCUUCUACGGCUUCCUCUACCUGGCCCUCUACGCCCAGGUGUCCCAGUCCAAGUCCUGCGACAAAAUUUCCUGCUUCUCGGGUCAUUGUGUCAACUCCACCUGCGUCUGCGACCAGGGCUGGGUGGGAGACCAGUGCCAACACUGCCAGGGCAGGUUCAAGUUAACAGAACCUUCUGGAUAUUUAACAGAUGGACCUAUAAAUUACAAAUAUAAAACUAAAUGCACAUGGUUAAUUGAAGGAUACCCAAAUGCGAUACUAAGAUUAAGAUUUAAUCACUUUGCCACAGAAUGUAGCUGGGACCAUAUGUAUGUAUAUGAUGGAGAUUCAAUAUAUGCACCUUUAAUAGCUGUAUUUAGUGGUCUAAUAGUCCCUGAAGUGCGUGGAAAUGAAACUGUUCCUGAAGUGGUUACUACAUCUGGCUAUGCAUUGCUACACUUCUUUAGUGAUGCUGCCUAUAACCUCACAGGAUUUAACAUUUUCUAUUCAAUUAACUCUUGCCCUAAUAACUGCUCAGAACAUGGCAAGUGCACAACCAGUGUGUCUGUACCGAGCCGGGUGUACUGUGAGUGUGACAAGUACUGGAAGGGAGAGGCCUGUGACAUUCCCUAUUGCAAAGCCAACUGUGGGAGUCCAGAUCAUGGCUACUGUGACCUGACAGGAGAGAAGCUCUGUGUCUGCAAUGACAGCUGGCAAGGCCCAGAUUGUUCUCUGAACGUCCCCUCCACGGAGUCCUACUGGAUCCUGCCCAACGUGAAGCCCUUCAGCCCCUCCGUGGGCCGUGCUUCCCACAAGGCUGUCCUCCAUGGGAAGUUCAUGUGGGUGAUUGGUGGCUACACCUUCAACUACAGCUCGUUCCAAAUGGUGUUGAACUACAAUUUGGAAAGCAGUAUUUGGAAUGUAGUGCCUGUAUCCAAAGGGCCACUUCAGAGAUAUGGACACACUCUUGCUUUGUAUCAGGAAGACAUCUACAUGUAUGGAGGCAAAAUUGAAACGAGUUCUGGCAAUGUCACUGAUGAGCUGUGGGUUUUCAACAUACCCAGUCAAACAUGGAGUACCAAAAUUCCUGCAGUCCUUGUCCAUGGACAGCAAUACGCUGUGGAAGGUCAUUCAGCACACAUAGUAGAGCUGGACAGCAGAGAUGUGGUUAUGAUUGUAAUUUUUGGAUAUUCUUCCAUAUAUGGUUACACAAGCAUUGUGCAAGAAUACUACAUCAGGUCUAACUCCUGGCUCGUACCAGAAACGAAAGGAGCAAUUGUUCAAGGUGGAUAUGGCCAUACCAGUGUCUACGAUGAACUGACAAAAUCUAUUUAUGUCCAUGGUGGAUACAAAGCAUUGCCUGGCAAUAAAUAUGGACUGGUGGAUGAUCUUUACAGAUAUGAAGUUAAUACUCGGACAUGGACUAUUUUGAAAGAGAGUGGCUUUGCAAGAUACCUUCAUUCAGCUGUCUUAAUCAAUGGAGCUAUGCUCAUUUUUGGUGGAAACACUCAUAAUGAUACUUCCCUGAGCAAUGGUGCAAAGUGUUUUUCUGCUGACUUUCUUUCAUAUGAUAUAGCUUGUGAUGAAUGGAAGAUUUUACCAAAACCUAAUCUGCAUCGAGAUGUCAACAGAUUUGGUCACACUGCUGUUGUCAGUAAUGGGUCCAUGUAUAUAUUUGGGGGUUUUUCAAGUGUUCUAUUGAAUGACAUCCUCGUGUACAAGCCUCCCAACUGUGAAGCGUUCAGAGAUGAAGAGCUGUGCAAAAAUGCUCGUCCAGGAAUAAGGUGUCUAUGGAACAAGAAGCAUUGUGAAUCUUGGGAAUCUGGACAUGCUAAUAAUAUCCUUAGAGCAAAAUGUCCCAAGAAAACAGCCGCUGCAGACGACAGAUGUUACCGGUACGCGGAUUGCGCCAGCUGCACCGCCAACACCAACGGCUGCCAGUGGUGCGACGACAAGAAGUGCAUUUCAGCAAACAGCAACUGCAGCAUGUCGGUUAAAAACUACACGAAAUGUCACGUGAGGAAUGAGCAGAUCUGCAAUAAGCUGACGAGCUGCAAGAGCUGCUCCCUGCACCUGAACUGCCAGUGGGACCAGAGGCAGCAGGAGUGCCAGGCACUGCCUGCUCACCUGUGUGGAGAAAGAUGGAAUCACAUUGGAGAUGCCUGCCUCCACAUAAAUUCCAGUCGGGAAAGCUAUGACAAUGCCAAAUUGUAUUGCUACAAUUUGAGUGGAAAUCUCGCCUCAUUAACAACCUCAAAAGAAGUGGAAUUUGUUCUGGAUGAAAUACAGAAGUAUACACUUCAGAAGAUUUCCCCCUGGGUGGGUUUGCGCAAGAUCAACAUCUCCUACUGGGGCUGGGAUGACAUGUCCCCUUUCACAAACACCACCCUGCAGUGGCUCCCUGGAGAGCCCAAUGACUCUGGCUUCUGUGCCUACCUGGAGAGAGCAGAGGUGGCAGGGCUGAAGGCAAAUCCCUGCACUGCCAUGGCAGAUGGCCUUGUGUGUGAAAAACCUGUUGUCAGUCCCAACCAGAAUGCCAGGCCCUGCAAAAAGCCCUGCUCCCUGAGGACAACCUGUUCCAACUGCACGAGCAAUGGCAUGGAAUGCAUGUGGUGCAGCAGCACCAAACGAUGCGUGGACUCCAAUGCCUACAUCAUCUCCUUCCCAUAUGGACAGUGUCUAGAGUGGCAAACUGCCACCUGCUCCCCUCAAAACUGCUCUGGGCUGAGGACCUGUGGACAGUGUUUGGAGCAGCCAGGGUGUGGAUGGUGCAAUGAUCCCAGUAACACUGGCAAAGGACAGUGCUUGGAAGGCUCCUCCAGAGGCCCAAUGAAACCUGUCAGUGUCCACUCCAAUGAAAUGGUGCUUGAUGCCACUCUUUGCCCAAAAGAAAAAAAUUAUGAGUGGUCUUUUAUCCAGUGUCCAGCUUGCCAGUGUAAUGGCCACAGCACCUGCAUCAACAGCAACGUCUGUGAUCAGUGUAGAAACCUAACAACAGGAAAACAGUGUGAGACCUGCAUGCCAGGAUAUUACGGGGAUCCCACAAACGGAGGACAGUGUACAGCUUGCACAUGCAGUGGACAUGCAAAUAUCUGUCACAUGCAAACAGGAAAAUGUUUUUGCACAACCAAAGGAAUCAAAGGAGAUCAGUGUCAACUCUGUGACUCUGAAAAUAGGUAUCUUGGAAAUCCACUUAGGGGAACAUGCUACUACAGCCUUUUGAUUGAUUAUCAAUUUACCUUCAGUUUAUUACAAGAGGACGAUCGUCAUCACACUGCCAUAAACUUUAUAGCAAAUCCAGAACAGUCAAAUAAAAAUUUGGAUAUAUCAAUUAAUGCAUCAAACAACUUUAACCUCAAUAUUACGUGGUCUAUUGGUUCUACAGCUGGAACAAUAUCUGGAGAAGAGAUUCCUGUUGUUUCCAAGGUUAAUAUUAAGGAAUACAGAGACAGCUUUUCCUGUGAAAAAUUUAACUUUCGAAGCAACCCAAACAUCACUUUCUAUGUGUAUGUCAGCAAUUUCUCCUGGCCAAUCAAAAUACAGAUUGCCUUCUCACAGCACAAUACCAUCAUGGAUCUGGUGCAGUUCUUUGUCACCUUCUUCAGUUGUUUCUUAUCCUUACUGCUGGUAGCUGCUGUCGUUUGGAAAAUCAAACAAACCUGUUGGGCUUCUCGACGGAGAGAGCAACUUAUGCGGGAGCGACAGCAGAUGGCCAGCCGCCCCUUUGCUUCUGUCGAUGUAGCACUGGAAGUAGGAGCUGAGCAAACAGACUUUCUACGAGGGCCAUUAGAGGGUGCUCCUAAGCCGAUCGCCAUCGAGCCGUGCUCAGGAAACAGAGCCGCCGUCCUGACGGUGUUUUUGUGUCUGCCCAGGGGAGCGUCAGGAGUUCCACCACCCGGGCAGUCAGGUCUUGCAAUUGCAAGUGCUCUGAUAGACAUUUCACAACAGAAGCCUGCGGACUGUAAAGAUAAGAGCUCAGGAGUCAGAAAUCGAAAACAUCACCUUUCAACACGUCAAGGAACUUGUGUCUGAGAGUCAAAAACUACAAUUGUAUAUUCUGUAAUGUUUUCUUUUUAAAUGGCUUCCAUUGAAAGCUAUACUACAGCCUCAGUUUUUAUGGAGGCAAAUCUAUGGGUGAACACAUGAGGUACUGUGCUCUGUUAUAGCCACACAGCCUGCUAUCCCCCAGUUGUGGUAGGUAUGAGUAUGCUUGAUGAGCUUUAAUAAAGAGUGGAUCCUGGUAUCAACAAAAUACAAAAUCAAAUACCGAGUAUUCUUAAUCCUGAACAUAUCAGAGCAGGGAAAAUCCUUGGACAGGACUAGGAGAAACUUCACAUUUUUUUGUAAUGAAGAAACAAAUUGUAUAAUUGAAAACUGAGCAAAUUCCAAGAAGCUAAAGGAAAUUUUUUUAUAGCUUAAUGUAACAAUGGGAAUUGUACAGUUCUUUCCUUGUAAUUGGCAUUAAGAUUUCUUUCCAGCAAGCAGGAACUAAAGAGAAUUAUUUGGAUUUAGGUGUUUUUUAUCAUUGUCCAGAAGAGGUAGGCAGCUUUUGAAUUCAGCAAAGGUGUAUCCCAACAAUACCACAUGUAAUAUUUGAAAGAUAAUUCUAUUUAAUAGUAUGACUUGAGCAUUUAAUUAUUAUUUUUCUUUACACUGGAAAAAACCUCAUAAACAUAAUUUGGGCUGCAGAAGAGUGAUGGGUGGGCUUUCUUUUCUGUACCUCAGAGUUUGUCCUGAAUUAGAGAUAUUUUACAAAGAGGAUCCUCCAUGCCAGGUAAAUGAUCAGCAAAAUUAAUUGAGCAUGGAAAAGCUGCUUUACAAUAUUUUUUCCCCAAGAGAGUCUCCAAGACUGCAAAUCUAAGGAAAGUUGAACGUGCUGUUAUUCAACCUGCUCCCUUUUCAAUAUUGAAAUUUGCUAGUAUCUAUAUAUUGUCCUGACCUGUAAGCAGAAGAGAUUAAUCCCAGUCAGCACUUUGGCUCUUGUUUUUAUAAUAAAGUAUGGACAUUUUUAUUCCUUACAACUGCUGAACUUCAUCUCAUUGUCACUUUAGCACCUGUUAAGGAAUUAUGCUAUAUAAAUAAAUGUUUAAAAAUCCAUCUUGCUUCUAGGAUUGGCUGUCAAAUCCCACAACCAGUACAGAACCUCACACAAUCAGUACUCAAGAACAAAAAGCAGAUGAAAGAAUUUCCUUUGUGAAGGACUUUAGUCCUUGGGGAGCUCAGUAGCUACAGGAUAACCUGGCAACCAGCUUUAAUGGCCCUUGGUCUUUUCAUUUACUCAAAAUUCAUGAACAUAGAAAAGAGUAAGAGAAUGCUAAGGGGCAGGUAGCAGAUGUAUCAUAUUCUCAUUUAUGCAUUGCACACUGACAGAGUGUAAUAUGAAACCAGUAGUUUUGUACGAGCUUGUUGAAAGUAUAGUUUCUCAACUCCAAAUUUGCCACCAUCCUAGUACAGGAGAGUGAUACAGAGGUAUAAAUGUCUCAUGUAAUGAUAGACUUUUGGUACAUAUGAAAGAUAUAAAAAGAUGAUUGAUGUUUACUACUUUAUCUGUAUUUUUUAUGUUCUUUUUAUUUCAGAAAGAUGAUGACAUUUUACUGUUUAUAGUUGACUACAUAGUUACUUGCAUGCCAUGGUGGUGCAGUAGCAGUAAUAAAGCCCUGUUGUGAGUUGUGUUUAUUUCCUAAAGCCAUUCAUACAUAGAAGUACUCAGCUUAAUUUGGAUGAGGACUAAAUGUAAAAAUAAUUAUUAAAAAGGAACAAUUGUACAGUAUGUAGUUAUAUCUUAUACAGGAGUAUUAGGUUGCAUCUAACCAUGACUGCUCUAUUGUUUUGAUAAAUUAUGCACUUAUGAAUUAUGGUAUAAUUAUUUCUUAUACUGGCAUGAUUGUUUCAGUAUUUUCAUAUCUUAAAAUAAGAUUAUUAUCUUAAAA